CAAUGCGGGGCUCCCCCCGGCGGGGAGAGUCGGGCGACGCAUCAUCUCCCUGAGGAAGGGUUUAUCUCGGCAACCCCCCCGCGUUUUUCAGCUCGGCGGCGGCGCUUUCUCAGACGCAGAACUCACCCCGGCCAGGACCCGGGGGUGGUGCGGCCAUGAGCGCUUGGCGCGGCCGCAGCAGCAGCAGCGUCGGGGUGGCGUCGCCUCGCCAUGGCCAAGCAUCACCCAGACCUCAUCUUCUGCCGCAAGCAGGCGGGCGUCGCAAUUGGAAGACUUUGUGAAAAAUGUGAUGGCAAGUGUGUGAUCUGUGACUCCUACGUGCGGCCCUGCACCCUGGUGCGCAUCUGUGACGAGUGUAACUACGGCUCGUACCAAGGGCGCUGCGUGAUCUGCGGGGGCCCAGGAGUGUCCGACGCCUACUACUGCAAGGAGUGCACCAUCCAGGAAAAAGAUAGAGAUGGUUGCCCUAAGAUCGUCAACCUGGGCAGUUCCAAGACAGAUCUUUUCUAUGAAAGGAAAAAAUACGGCUUCAAGAAGAGGUGAUCCUAUCUGUACAUGGCUGUACCUCCUGCCAGGUUGGCAAGAGGGUCUUGGAACAUCGCUGGACUUUACUAUUAUUGAAAACCGGUUGAUUAUGUUUUUCUAAAGCAGUACAGAUUCAGUAAUAUACUUGGGGCUGGAGAAGUAACGGGCUGGAAAAGUAACAGACUGAAUGACGACUGAAAUUUGAUCAGAACUAAUGAUAAGCAAGAGCAGAUGAGGAUUACUGUCUCUUGCCUUUGCAGAAGCUCUGCAAGUAGUUGCUUCAGCUUUCUAUACAAAGCCUGGUGGGCAAGCACUUACGCAUGGAGGAGACUAGCUCGGUAAAAAGCAAGUGUCGUUUCAGAUGUGGAGAAAGACUUUGUGGUUGUUCUUACCAGGCUAUUUGAAAUUGCCCCAUGCAUCAGUGUUGAAGAACAGAGCACCAAUCCCAUGUGUCUGCUCCCCUCCUCCAUUCCUUCAGUAUAUUUCCAUGCUGCCCUGUUUUGUAAGGAACCUGCUCAUGGCUGGUGCCUUCCUAGAGAGAGCACAGCUGUUCCAUGUUUUCUUUGUCAGAUUAAUCCAAGGCCCCUUCUUGCAACCAUUUCUGUAGGAUGCAUACCAAUAAAGCUUUUCGUUUGGGUUUUUAUUUUUUGUACAACAAA